UACAGUUAAGACUUGUGUUUAUGACGCGCGCUUGUGCUCAGGCUGCGCCACCAAAUAUAUUCCUUCAUUUCCUCUCACCUCCGUGCCUACAAGUGCCCAGGUGUUCACUGCGCAGAGCCCACCUCCUCGAUUCCUCUCUCAGUACUUCCCCUCUACCAGCCCAAAAUGACAUGAUAGACCAGGCAGCAGAAUGACAGUGGCGGUGGAACAUGCACAUCAAGGACACUUUACACAUCCUCCUGAACAAUACAGGCAUGUUCGCAGUGUCUGCCUCUCCUGCAGCAUCCGUGAAUGGCCCGGAUCCAAUGUCGGUCUCUCUCAUAGUGCUGGGUGGUGAUGCCUCAAAGAUGCAGCAUCGAGAAACCCCAGGUCAUGCACUGUACAUGGCUCAGAAACAUGAGACAGGGCCGCUUUUGCUCUGCCAGUUGAGCGGCAUCACCCGUUUGCGUGUGAAGGGUGCUCUAGCAGGAUACAUGGCCGACGGAAUGGCUCGGAAUGGAGAUAGUGGUGCAAGCGCGCCUGCGUGACUCAUGUGACAGAUCGGAACAUGCCGAAAUGCGUCGUGUCAAUCAAAGCAUAAGCAUAAUCAACGACCA